GACAAUGUUAACCUAGGUCUGGCACAGCAGGGUACAGAGGAGAAAAGGCUGUAGAAGACAUGUUACCGGGGCCAGGUGCAAACAGGUUUGCGCUAUUUAUUUGUCUUCACCGUGGUACAAGAGUGCUAUUAAUGACAGGUAGUAGUUACUGCCCGAGUUCUUUGACCCUCCCCCGCCCGAAACCCUGUGCCUCCUUCUCUCCGGCUGGAGAAUCUGCCCUCCGCAGAGGGCGGGUCGGUGGAAGUCGCCCGCCCACCGCGUCUCGCAGUAGCUACACACACUUCCGCCCGCACGAGUCCUUCCGGGGCGGAGGUCACCAUGGCGGCGGCCUUGGCUCGGCUCGGACUGCGAGCUGUCAAGCAGGUUCGGGUUCAAUUCUGCCCCUUCGAGAAGAAUGUGGAGUCUACGAGGACCUUCCUGCAGGCGGUGAGCAGCGAGAAGGUCCGCUGCACCAACCUCAACUGCUCGGUGAUUGCGGACGUGAGGCACGACGGCUCCGAGCCCUGCGUGGACGUGCUGUUCGGAGAUGGGCAUCGCCUGAUUAUGCGCGGCGCUCACCUCACCGCCCAGGAGAUGCUCACUGCCUUCGCCUCCCACAUCCAGGCCAGGGGCGCGGCGGGGAGCGGGGACAAGCCCAGCGCCAGUACCGGGCGCUGACAGCGCGGAAGAGACCUCCAACAAGCAGAUUUUAAUCUGAGACUGCUAAGGACACUUAUCUAAGAAGAACUUAAUUACUCAAAUCACUAUCUGGAGGGCCGCGGAGCGCCGAAAAAAUUAAGGCCUGUGACUACAAAUCCAACCAGUGUUUCUGGGUCGAGAGAAGUUGGGGAGGGGCCUGGACAAACUUGAAUUUAUUUUGCUUUCUUAGCUUUAUCACUGUGUAACCCUUUUGAGUUUGGCUUUUCCCACCACUGCUCAAGGCACCUCUUAUUUCCGUUGCUGUUUUCUCAGUCCUCGUCUUUCCAUCUUAGAGGCAGCUGCCACGCUAAUUCACUCCGUUGUGGAACUUCUUUUCCUCCUGGGUCCUUUUUCUUCUCUUAACCAUAAAAGUGUACUACUCUCUUUUUUCUCUUCUCUAUUUUUAGAGCAUCUCAUCUUCUCUCAUAACCUCUUGGGUUAAACUCUGCAUUUCUGUUUGGCUCUAAUCUCAAAUUGCUCCUAAUUCCACCAACACUCUUGGUCCAAAAAAGAACUGAUAAUCUUACAUACUUUGUACUGUUGACCCUUGAACAACGGUGGUUUGAACUGCACAAGUCCUCUUAUAGGCCUGUUUUUACAAUAAACAUGCACUACAGUACUA